CUCUUCUUCUUCUUCUCCACUCGCCACAAUCUUUUGAACUUUCUUGCUUCUUCCUCCUCCUCCUCUCUCUCUCUUCUCUAUGGCGUUCAACAUCUCACGUCUCGACGCUCAAUCCGCCGCCGAGAAAGCAGUAUCCGUGAUCGGACUAGGCUACGAUCUCUCCUCUGACGUCCGUCUCUCCGCUUGUAAGUCCACAUCCAACGGGUCAAGACUCGUCGAAAUCGACCCGAACCGGAACCAAGACCUGGUUUUCCCGGGUGGGGUCAUCGUCAGUAACGUCUCGAGCUCGAUUAAGUGUGAUAAAGGCGAACGCACUCGUUUCCGCUCCGACAUACUCUCUUUUAACCAGAUGUCGGAGAAGUUCAAUCAGGACAUGUCUCUUUCGGGCAAGAUCCCGUCGGGGAUGUUCAAUACCAUGUUUGAACUGAAAGAAGGUUGGCAGAAAGAUGCGAGCUCGGUGAAGACGCUUGCUUAUGAUGGUUGGUUUAUUAGCUUGUACAGUGUAGAGCUCGUUAGGUCGCAGGUGACGCUGCGUGAUGAAGUGAAGCGUGAGGUUCCUUCUUCUUGGGACUCUGUUGCACUUGCUGGGUUUAUUGAGAAGUAUGGUACUCAUAUAGUUGUUGGUGUGACUAUGGGAGGUAAAGAUGUUGUUCAUAUGAAGCAGCUGCGUAAUUCGAAUCAUGAGCCUGGUGAGGUGCAGAAGCUGUUGAAGCAGUUGGGUGACAAGAGAUUUGCAGUAGAUCCAAUUGAAAGUGUCCCUCCUGCUGUUGCUUACUCCGGAACCCCUAAGGAGGAGCGUCCUAACCAGUGGGGGUUUCCUGGACAGUUUGGUUCCUCGGUUAGUCGUCCUGUUAUUAUGCGCUCCAAGAACGAGGAUAUGGUGAGCAUUUGUAUAAGAAGAGGAGGUGUUGAUAUGGGACAAAGUCAUGAUCGUUGGCUCUCAACGAUAUCACAAUCACCCAACGCUAUAUCCAUGUGCUUUGUUCCCAUAACUUCACUCUUGAGUGGUCUCCCAGGAACAGGAUUUCUUAGUCAUGCAGUUAACUUAUACCUUAGAUAUAAGCCACCAAUAGAAGAGUUGCAACAGUUUCUUGAGUUUCAACUUCCACGCCAAUGGGCUCCGGUGUACGGAGACCUCGCUCUUGGACUACGCCGCAGAAAACAAAGCUCUCCGUCACUUCAGUUCUCUUUGAUGGGUCCAAAACUAUAUGUCAACACAUCAAAGGUUGAUUCAGGUGAGAGACCAGUAACAGGACUACGUUUAUUCCUUGAGGGGAAGAAAGGAGAUCAUCUAGCAAUCCACUUGCAACACCUCUCUACGUGUCCUCCAAGUCUCCACCUCUCACACGACGACACUUACGAACCCAUCGAUGAACCAUCAGAGAAAGGCUAUUAUGAAGCUGUGAAAUGGGGAAUCUUCUCACACGUUUGCACCUUCCCGGUUCAGUACAAUGGAGCACGGUCUGAUGACGCUGCUUCUAUUGUAACCAAAGCGUGGUUAGAAGUCAAAGGAAUAGGGAUGAGGAAAGUUCUGUUCCUGAGGCUUGGUUUCUCACUAGUUGCUUCAGCUGUUACACGUAGAUCAGGAUGGGAUAAUCUCUCAUCAAUCUCGAGGAAAUCUGGUGUUUUCUCCAUGAUUAGUACGAGGCUAAGCGCGGGGUUAGGUCCAAACCAGGCAACGGCGAAGCCAGUAUCUAAGAUCGAUAUAAACUCGGCUGUUUAUCCUAAAGGGCCAUCGCCUCCUGUGAAACCGAAGCUGCUGAGUCUUGUGGAUAUGAAGGAGGUGGGGAGAGGUCCGGAAGUACCACCUGGGUAUUGGGUUGUGACUGGUGCUAAGCUUUGUGUUGAGGCAGGGAAGAUCUCAAUCAAAGCUAAGUAUUCACUGCUCACUGUUAAGUCUGAAGAUUCGCUGGUCUAAGGACAGGGGAACACAAGUUAGUGCGUCGUGUUGGAUUUUUGGAGGUUUUCAGUUUGUGGAUUAGGUUCUGUGGUUAUCUCAUCAGGUGUUGUUUGGGGUUUGUGAAAAGAUUUAUUCAAUCUGUUGAUGUAAAUGCAUAUCAUUGUUAUGUAUAUUUGUUGAAUUCACUAUUUUACAUGAAUAUUAUUUGUUUUGUGGUUCUCCUCAA